UUGAAAUUUAAGCAUUCGAUUUGGAUUCAAGCUCAUGCCAUCCCUCCCAAGUGCCAAUGGCAGGAAACUCUGCAGUGUUCGUUGUGGCAUUGGCUGCCAGGCUGAUGGCAGCCGCAGUCUGCCCCGAUGACUGGAUCCGCUUUGAACACAUUUGCUUGCAGGUCUUCGAAGGUCCUGCCAAUUGGGACGAGGCCAAGAAGCAGUGUGAAAAUCGUGGCGCCCACCUAGCAUCUGUGCACAGCAAGGCCGAGAAUGAUCAGUACAUCUUCGCAUGUGGCAACGUAAGGCCCUACCACCAAGGUUGUUGGCUAGGUGGCACGGAUCGAAACCAGCCAAGGCGACAGUGGAUUUGGGUGGAUGGCACCGCCUUCCAAUGGUCCCGUUGGUUUGACCAUGGCGGAGGGAAUGUGGAGCCAAACAAUGAUUUCUGCACAGACCACCGGCAUUGUACCUACGGCCACACAGCUGACUGUAAUGUCCUUGAGGUCUCGAAGCCCUUCCGGGGUCAUUGGCUGGAUACCUUCUGCACCGAUCGUCAGAAGUUCAUUUGCAAGGUGAACGACACGUCAGCAAGAUCUAAUGAUGAGGAUGCUGAUGCAGUACCUUCUACAGACAGGCCGCCAGAACGACUAGCGCCACCGCCACCACCGACACCUCCGCCAAUUGCGUCCCCUUCGCCGUUGCCACCGAUGCCCACGCCUUCAUGGCAAUCUUCCGAGGCAUCCCGUGUAGACAGUGAUGCAGCGAACAGCAACGCUGAGACAGAGAAGAGCCUUGGGCCUUCAAGGUUGGAGCCUACGAGAGCAGAUUUGCCGUCCACGAAUUCGGCACCGUUGGAAGAGUUGGUGCAAACAGCUUCACAGGCCUUACAAGGUGCCGAAGACCGUGAAACAACAGAGCCGCCGGAGCAGCUUGCCGUCACAGGUGAAGAAGAAGACUUGGCGGACGAAAUCUACCAGUGAAAUGACCAAUUUGCGCUUUUGGUACCUGAUGUCUCUGCAAUCUUCAGGGAUUUGCCAGGCUCAGACAGGCUGAACCAUAUCGACAUCGAUAAAGACAGGCUGCACAUCGAUUUGGGUCGAACUCAUCAGCGAAAACACCUCUGAACUCCAGCGAUGUCGACGGAUCAUUUACCGAAGCGGAUCAACACCUGAAGACUUCCAUGGGGUUGCAGGAUCCGGAUCAGAGCACCUCACCAUCUUCGUUUGAGCUUGUGGUUAGGUGUAUCACAAGGUCGUUCAGCCUUGUGCUUGCUGCCCGUGCACCAAAAGGAAAAACAAGCUCUUCGCCCGUGGAACAGAAGCACAUGCUCAGCGCGUUUGAAGCUUCCAGGACUUCAGGCUCAUGGUGAAGACACGGUCCCUCAAGCACAAAGGAAGACCGGAUCGUGAGGUUGAGAAGCUCCAGAGCUCUAGGGAGCAGGCUGAUGCUGCAUCCUUGGUCAGCAGCACCCAUAUUUUGAAUAGCUUUCUAGACCGAGCAUGCAUUGCUCCACAAGCUGCAUGUGGACUCGGCCCAGUUGGCCCAGUGAAAGGCAAAUACAGCAUGGGCAGCGCCCAAGCGGAUGCAGCCGAGACAAGAAGGACUUACUUUGGGCAGACCAGUGCCCCUGACAGCUGCAAGUUGCGGCUCUGACAAAUCUUCUGAAGACAAGAGGAAGAGGGGGCACAGCAAGCACGAGAAGCUCCACUAGAAGCUCCACAAGAGACAGCAGAGGAAGAAGACCAUGACAGCUCAGAGGAAGUGGAAGAGACUUUGAGGAUGAGGAGUCGCACGAAGGCGAGCCAGAGAAGGGAAGCAGUGAAAAGGGGAAACACAUUAUAUAGAACAAGCCCACAAGUCAGACAGUUUCAAGGAGCCUUCGGUGACAGAAAGACCAGAAACAGCUCGGUGUCCUCAAAAGCGUCCAUGACCUCUAAGUUCGAGCAAGUUUGCUGGGGUUAACACAAGCCUUCCAAUACUGCGACCUUGACAAAAGACUGAGGGCAGAAGUAAAAAUACCUCGUCGCAGAGUUCCAGACUGGGAACGUGUCGCAAGUGAGGAGAUAAACUAGGACCAGUUGAAAACGUUUGCGCAGAUCCAGGAGAAGGAUGGACGAACGAAGAUCAUCGAAGAUCUUGCAGGAGGUCUCCAGCCGUGGUGGGUUUGACCCGAGAGGAACGAAGCAAGCAAACAUCGAAGGCAUGUCAAAAGAACUCGCUGCUGCAGGACAAUUGGAAGUACAUAGUAGGACCAGGUUA